AACAGAGAUAUAUUAUACAUAUGUGUAGUGUAUGUACACUGUAUGCCAACAAAAAUGCAGUCCAACUUGUAGUGAGAGUUGAAUGGUAUAUACAGUACAGUACAGAACUAAUACAUGAUUUUGUUUACAAUACGUGACCGUCAAUGCAGUCAAUCGUUGUACAGAUUGUGCUCAGCUUUCACUAUACACACAGUUUAUAUACAAUAUAUUUAGGAGAGUAUUACUGUAUUACAGUAUUACUGUAGUGUGUAUUGAAUAUUGACUUUAGUAUAGACUGUAGAGUAGAGAGUCUAAUGUUAUCAAUGUUUACGUGUAGUGAAUAGCAAUAUGGCUGCCAAUGGUUAACAUUAAUGUUGUCUUUGUUUUGAUAAACCAAUUGAUUGUCAUCAUAUCAAAUGCAAUCAUAUUAAUAAUGAUUUAUCAUAAUCGGCAAACAUAAACAUUCAAGUAAUGGCCGUGAAAUGUACGGACAAAGUACUGGUCACGACUGUCGCUAUCGUAUACCUGACCGUUGUUUCACUGAUACCGUCAGCUGAGGCCUGUUGGGGAUCGACACACAUCGGAGUGACCACUCCUGACCAGCAGAUCCUAAAUGGCAGUCGACUAGCGAUAGACUGUUCCCUAAACAACAACACCAUUGAAUAUGAUCACCAAAUAUAUGAAGUGAACUCAUCUAUGAUUGCCUUUAAAUUUAAGAAUGAAUAUUAUAGUAGUGAUAGUAUACGACUUCUCAACACAACUGCAUCACGACUGGAGGUGCCCGCGGCCACAGUGGACGACAACGGCAUGUAUUACUGUAUGCUCAACAUCUCUGGCCCGACACCUCUCAUAUGUGUCAGUCAAGUGAUCGUCGGAUUCAAACCGCAACCGGUGUCUGACUUUAAGUGCAUUAGUUGGCAUUACCGCAAACUCCACUGUCAAUGGACUCCGCCCUACAAUCCUAUUCAUACCACUUAUUCUCUCGAAGAUAGGAUUCAUGCGAGCACUUCAUUAACUUCAUAUGAUCAUUUGACCCGUCCCUGUGGACAAAUACCGGAGGAGAACAGCUGCGAGUGGAGGACAGACACAAUGCCUCCGUAUAGGAGUUCAACACUUAAAUUUAAUUUACUUCUUAAGGGACAAAACCAAUUUGGCAAUUAUUCAAAGCUUUAUGUCAUUGAUCACUAUAGUAUUAUUAAGCCGAGUAAACCUCAAAAUUUUGUGGCAAUUGAAGUGACAAAUAAUCGCAUUUCCCUUACAUGGAAAGCACCCGAAUAUAUCAUAUAUGAUGAAGACCUGUUGGAGCACAUCCUCUAUGAGGUCCAAUACUAUUGGCAAACGCCUGAUAAUGAAUAUAAAAGUGAGACAAUUAUUUUGGACGGCAUUCGCCUUUCCAGUACUCAAUUGACUGGUUUAGUGCCGUAUAUAACAUAUAAUAUAAGCAUUCGUUGCAAAACACAAGAAUCAAUGAGUGAAGAAUAUUGGAGUGAAUUUUCAUCGAUUUUGGUGACAACAAAAUCUGACGUCCCAUAUUUGUCACCGGAAUUGAUCCGACAAUCCUUCCAAACCGACAAAAAUAUGGAAGGAAUGAGAAGUAUUACUUUAUUUUGGAAACAUAUUCCUGUCGCGUAUCACAAUGGAAAAGACUUUAAUUAUACCAUUGAACUCAGUGAACAUGAGAACCAUCACAAGUCUAAAGAUAAUAAUCUUAUAGAGAAAGGUUUCGAUGAUAUGAUCAUUAGUCACAACACUUCCUAUACUUUUAAUCACAUGAAGUCAGACGUCGCAUACACUUUCAAAAUAUAUGCCGUCAACUCUCAGGGAGUUUCUCGUAAUUACUCAAUGAUUAUUGUAGAUCGCAAUGAUAUGAUAGCACACAAACCAUUAAAUAUAGACGCCUAUUCAUUAGGUGAGGGUAGAUAUGAGAUUCAUUGGACAGAACCACGUUUUAACAGUUUGAGUGGUCCGGUAGUCAACUAUACAGUAUUUUGGUGUAAAACACUACGGCCGCGACCUUUUCCAUGUGAGGGUGAUAUCAAUUGGAAACAUACAAACAGUUUGUCAAUAGACAUAAAUGAAACGGACAUACACUCUAACUAUCAGUUUGCGGUCUCUGCCAACACAGCAACCACUACCUCAGGUAUGUCAUGGGCUGAAUGUAUAGUUCCCAUUGAUGGACGACUUGAUAAAUUGAGUGAAGUGCAUCUUAAACAAAUAAACUCUACGAGUAUUUCCGUAAAUUGGAAGUUGGCCUGUCCCGCACAGAAACGGGUAGUCGAGGAGUAUAAAAUCAAGUUAUGUAAAGUAGAUGAUCAGGAUAUGUGUAUCAAAUCUAAUUGGUUACCAACUGUUGUCGAUAACUCGGCUGAAAGUCAUGUGCUGACAGGUUUACAACCAUUCAGUAAAUACAAGAUAACAGUUGUCUCGAUUACAAGCGAAGGUCCGAGUGAAGAAAGUGAUCCCAAAUACGAAUAUACUGCUCACGACUCUCCAGAAGACGCUCCGUCCAAUUUGGAAGUCACAGAAAUAACCAGUCAAUCAAUAACAUUGAAGUGGGCGCCUCCCAAAUUGCCCAACGGAGAGAUUCAUUACUAUGAAAUUAAUUGUAAUAACUUUAAACAAAAACAAUUGCCGAGCUCUUGUGUUCGUAACAAUAGUCAAUUUAUUUGCUCUAAAACCUUAAAAAACCUCAAAAGUUACGACAAAUACACUAUACAAGUGCGGGCCUGUAAUAGUGAUUCGCUUUGUUCGCCAUCAACUGUCAAUUUGACGAUCCGAACACUGGUGUCGACACCAAAACAAAUGGAUCCGCCAAGAAGUGAGAUUUUCAACACGACAUCCGUUCGUAUUUCAUGGUCACCUCCUAAUGAACCUAACGGUCCAAUUGAUUAUUACAUAUUGCAAUUAAUACACAGUGAUAAUAAAACAUAUGAAACAAUAAUAUCAGGAAAACAAAGACAUCAUUAUAUGGUAAUAGACUGUGAAUCAUAUGGUGACGAGUCUGCAGAAUAUCGGUCACAAUUUGCAGUCAGAAUCAGAGCUGCAAAUCGUCGCCAAAACAAUAGUGAUCUAAUAAGUGAAACGAGCGAUAAAACUAAUUUAAAUGUGUGUUUAUAUACUGAAAAUCCUAACAUUGGUUACAUCAUUGGUAUGAUUGUCGGCGGAACUUUAGGACUGACAUUAUUAGUGAUUGUUUUGGUUGGUUUGGUUCGUUGGAUGAAAGAAAAGAUUAUGUUAUAUAAGAGAAUACAAAUUGUAUUACCGAAAGGUUUGGAUGUGCCUCCACUCAUGACCGACCACUCGGAUCGCAAUAGUUUUAAUCCAAUUGUUAGAAACGAUAGCAUACCCAACAUUGCCAGUGGUGUUGUAAUAGCAGAUGUUUCUGAUGAAGACUCGUUUAAGAAUAGACACGGAUCUGGUUUAUCGCACACAAGUAAUUCAUCGACAGAGGGCUUGAUUUAUAAGAAUACUCCCAACAAAGCAAAUGAUUUAUUCAUGCGAUUGACAAGUAGUGAUAGCGGACAACAUGAGAGUAUUGGUUCCCAUUAUAGUGGUGUUGAAACGCAUAUUUCAUCAGAUUCUGGAGUCGAGAUCGAUAAUCAUAUAUUAAAUGGCGAACAUUUGAUGUCUCAUACAUUACAUACAAACAAGUUUACAAAACCUCCACUUCCAAUAUUAGAUGAAAUAUCAUCGAGAAAUAGUGAUUCCAGUGGUAGUAAAGAUUCGGGACUUGAUGUUAAUGCCAGUGCUCUUAAAAAUAAACGAAGACGAAAACCAAAGACUGUGAAGGGAAGCGCCAAAAUUUCGGCGCUUAUUAUGCCAACAAAAACCGAUGUUAUGAAUCCAUUAUAUGACACACCAUUAGGUCACUCCGUCUGUAUUUAUUCACUUUUAGCCAAUAGUGAGCCAUCACUGUGCGAUCCAUCAUUACGAGAGGACCACAAUAUUUUGAGUGAUGUGACAAAGUAUAUAAAACCAGAAAUGGCUAAAAGCCUAACAAAUAUCAUUCAAAGUUGCAGUCCUUCGGAAUCAAAAGUAAAUUGUAUUCAUUGUGAAUCAAACAACAGUUCAAGUCGUACCGCAUCGCCUGCCUGUCCUUAUUAUAAAUAUGGUAUUAAACGUCAAAAUUAUUUACAUAACAAUUAUGUUGAUUUGACUAACUUUUCGACACCCGAUAAAUGUAAAAUAAACUCAAAUGUCAAAAAAGCAAACAACGGAUACGUGACAAUAGACAGUAUCCUCGAGAGCGCACAUACUGUGAAGCCUCCAAAAAAGCGGUUGGAACACGACUGGUCUCAAAACAGUUAUGACGCCGAAGUGUCGUCGACAUCAUCUAACGGCGACAACGAACAGACGGACCAAAUGACAAAUCAAAGAAGUUUUAGUAAAUUAAAUCAAAAUUGUGUUAAUAAUUGUGAAAAAAUUCAAAACAUUUGUGUAAAUAACAACAACACCACAGACAUCAUCACUCAUCAAAUGAAUGCCAAUUGUAUCAAUCCUUUAACUUUAUAUCCAUUAAACACCACAUUAGACACUAUUGAUUGUGAAACACCAUUACAUAAUAAUAGCUCACAUGAGUGGUCACCAAUGGACUCUGUAAGGCCACGAUCGGCGCCCACAAACAUAGGCGUUAAAAAUAGUGAUGUGUUUGUUAAAAACAGUAACGGAUAUGUUCUGCACAAUGCAGUCAAUGAGUUGACAACGGCUUCAAAACAGCCGAAAACCAAUUUUGUUAAGAAAUCAAAUGGUUAUGUAGUUAUUGAAUCAAAUGGCAUUGAAAUGAAUGAUUUAGUGCCAAAUAAUAAUCGUAUCACUCAAGUCUAACGAUUUAAAAUUUAUUAAUUAAUAGUUUAUUAAU